AUGUCACGUCACAGGCAAUCACGGUUUAUAUUUGAAACGAGUGAAAAUGUGAGAACCUUUCGUCAUCAGCCCUUCAUCAGCGAACUGAGCGUGGAAUGCCAGAGUUGUCAAAGUCGUGUUAGGGCAAAUGAGCCGUACAGUCAUCAUUGGAUGUCUAGCGAAGAUGGGCAACACAUCAAGUUAAGUCUGGAGGAGAAGCUGCUACUCAAGAGGAUCGAAAGAGAGAGAGUUGACACCUUUAUAAUGUGCGAUGAGAGCGCCGUGGGACGCACUCGGGACUUUCUACUGGAUGCCGGAAUGGAGGCAGUUCCGCAACUGCUGCGUUUUCUAAACUAUGAAGCCAGUCAGCUCGAGGUCACCUUUGGCUUUUAUGUAAACGUGACCAAGAAGCGAUUAUACUACGAAACCUUUCCUAUAAUAAUAAAACAUUUUUUGGAUAUUGAUGAAACUGUUGACAUGGUCUUUACCCGUAUGGUGGAAAAGAUAAGCAGCUAUGUGCUGUCAACACUAAGAGUUCCAAUGGAGGCAUGCACCAUCAAGCGGUUGAAACUGAUUGUCCACCGACAAUUCAAUAGCCAUCUGCAGCUUCCCCUGCAGUAUCGCGUGAAGAGUGAUGUACGUGUCAAGGCAACAAAAAUUGCGAAACCUGUUGACCUUCCGCUGCUCACGGAGAGCUACAUCAACUACCAUGGUAAACGCUUUGGACACUUCCCUGACUCGUUGCAGGUGAAUCUCUAUUGCUUUCGUGUCUGCCCCCGCACCAAGGAGCUCUAUGCAGUGCCGUAUUUAAUCAGAAGCGAGGAUGUCAACAACACGCCCACUUUCCUCAUUCAAACCGAUGUUGCAGGCGAAUUUCGUGGCAUGCACGAAAUACGAAACGUACGUCGAUUUUUGCGAAGUGAUCCCAACGAUCGCGUGCUCGUGUGUCGACAGUGUAAAGCUCAUUUUUCAAGUCGUUUACACUUCGCAUUGCAUAAGUAUGUUGAUUGUGGGCGUGGCAUUGUGGUCAUGUCAUUGGACAUGGACACUGACGGGGAAUCAACGGAGGUAUACGAAAAUUGUUUCUCACUUCCAAAACAGUUCUUUAAAUUCGCUUGGUUUGCCAUUGGGCCUAACUAAGGAUAU